GUUCGUGCUGCUCGCGCUGGGGGAGCUCGCCACGACGAUCUGGUGGCUCAGCACCCUCGGCGCGAGGGACGCCGCGCUCCUCGGCGCGCCUGCCGUGAUCGGGGCCCUUCUCCUGCUCACGGUCGUCACACGCGAGCAGGCCGCGGCCGUGGCGGCGUCCGUGCUGCUGGCCGCGGCGCCCGCGCUGCCAGCGUACUCUGUGCUGCUGCUGAUGGCGCAGCCCGCCUGCGAGGACUGCCAGAGCUGCUGGGAGUGGCUCCACGCGCCCACGCUGGCGGCGCUGUGCUGCUGGCACCUGCUGGCUGCCGCCCUCCCCGCGCUGCUGCACGAGUUCCCAUGGGCCACGCGGCCCCGGCGCCACGCGCUGGAGACCCUGCAGCACACCGCGCGGGGGCUUUGCGUCGUGGCGGGGUGGGUCUACGCCGCGGCCGCGUUCCACAUUGGGGUGACCGCCCUCGGCCUCGGGGGCGGCGCCCUGCGGCUGCCGUCGGCGUGCCUCCCUGGCGCCGAGCCAUUCGGGCUCCUCGGCGGCUUGCGCGGGCAGGCCCUCGGCCUGCACGCCCUCGGCCUGCUCUGCGCCGAGGGCCGCCGCUGCACCGCCGCGGCGCUGGGCGACGGGCUGCUGCCGCGCCUCGUGGGCGCGCGGCGUGCCGAGACGCUGCAGCUGCGGGCGCUGCUGCGGCGCCACGGCCGGCAGCUGCUCGGCAGGCUGCUGCCGCGGAUUCCCGAGCUCCGCAGGCGACCUCUCGAGAUCGAUCCGAUGCCGGUCUGA